GGACCGUUUAGUCUUGUUCAAACGGUGACAGCGAGAGGAUCGCAGUUGAGUGAAAUUUUGAAAAUUCCCUUCUGAAAUUACGUCUCCCAAAUUAGCCAGCAUCAACGGUCGGAUUCGAAAAACCAAAAAUGGGAUUCUGCGGGGAUAUCAAGUUUCACGGUUACUUUAUUGGGGUUCUAGCCGGAUUGCUGGAACUGACUUCGUUGGUGAUCUCCGGAUACGUGCAGUUGACGUUCGAUGAACCGGAACAGUCGGAUCUGCCCAAGGGUUUGAACGAUUUGAUCAGCUGCUCGGUUGUGGAUUUUAUUGGAGAUGCGCUUAUCUUGAUAGCCGUUGGAUUGUUGCUGUACGGAAUUCAUAAGGAAAACCGCUACUGCCUCAUCCCGUUCACAUUCGCGAUCUGCUUCGAUUGGGUGUCCUACUUGGCCGACAACGUACACCGACCUAUGCCUUAUCACGUGUGGCUUCUGACAACGGCAUGUUUUGUGUACAUUUUUGUGGCCAUGCUUAGCUUGUUCAUUUUGUUCAGCUUGAAAAUUGAGUCGCCGAAAAAAGGCGGACAGCAGAUGGCGAAGUUCACGCUGGACAAUGUUGUCUGAGGAUUGCGAGGAGGAAGGAAUUUGGUUCUUAUCAAGCGCACUGUAAAUAGUAUAAGAUAUUUAUUCUAAUAUAUUAGGAUCUUUUUUUUUAAUGAAA